GUUUUCAGAUCCCACUUUCGUCAUUUUUCUCUACAUCAAAUCAAAUGAACUGUAUUAGAGCUCUUAGGUAAUAAUCCAUUCUUAAGUUCUGGAACGGGGUGAUAAAUGCCGGUCUAGUAUCUGUUUUUCUGAACCUUUAUAAUUUGCCAGUGUCACUUGACAAAGUUUAUGAAAGCAUUUCCCCAAAAAUUUAAGUAAAAAGUAUCUUGUUCUAGCAUUAUGAAUCUGGUUGAAGUUCAUGCUCAUUUAUUCUGUAUGUUUAUUUAUUUAUUCAUCUCUUUGUAGUUGUAGGACAUAUGGCUGUGUGAUUUCACAAUCACUGAGCUCCCACAUGCUGUAUAUAUAUAUCCACCAUUUUGAUAUCUACUGAAUAAAAAAAAUACUUUUCUUCUGUCAAAACAAUGUCGCCUUCGUUGAAUGGGUCAAUGAAGACUAGGAGACAAAAACACUUAUUUUCUGAAAUUUAUAGCACAAUUGCCUUCUGAAGCUUCCGCCUGACUGUUCCAAGUCAUCGAGUCAACAAAUUCGAAAGUCUUUCGAGCUAAGAGCACCAUACAUACAGUGACGUGCUGGGAGGGGUUCCUGUUCAUUCUCACUUCACAAUGGAGGCAGUCAUUUCUGCGGUUCUUGGUGAUCUUGUCGGCAGAGCUAUAUCCUUCGUGAUCAAGAAGCGCCGUGAGCAGACAACUGCUGAGGAGGAUCUGCAGAGGCUGCGCCAGCUGCUUCUGAGGAUAAGUGCUGUUGUCGAGGAGGCUGAGGGGCGGUGUGUCACAAACUGAGGGAUGAUAGAUCAGGCUAGCACGAUGAGACAGCAAAUGUUCAGAGGGUACUACCUUCUCGAUGCCUUCAGGUGCAGAGAGAGGAAGACCAAUGAUGAGGAGGCGAGUCGCUUCUUGUUUGCUCAAUCCGAUUUCAAUCCAGCUAAGCGUUUUCGCCUUCUUUCUAGCAACACUCAGAUUGAGAGCACGGUAAUUGGUAGAGAAAGCAGUCAGAAGUUGAAACAGGUUGUUAUUGGCCUAGAAAACAUGGUUGCUGAUAUGAAAGAGUUUGCUAUGUUUCUGAUGAGCUACCCUCGCAUGUACCGCCAACCCUAUGGCGCAUAUUUAUUUGUGGACAAGUAUAUGUUUGGCCGCCAAAUGGAGAGGGAACAAUCCAUUAGCGUUUUGCUACAAGCUGAGCCUCCAGGGAAUGGAAAUGUGGGUGUUCUUACAAUUGUCGGUCCUGCACGUGUUGGAAAGAGCACUCUUGUGGACCAUGUUUGCAACGAUGAGCGUGUACGGAAUCACUUCUCCUUGAUCUUGCUCUACACUGGAAACAACCUUCAAGAUGAAACGAUGACAACUUUUAGAGAUCAUUGCGUGAUCAAGCAUCAAAAUAUUUCCUUGGAUGAAGAGAAGUCGUUGGUAGUCAUUGAGCUCUUAGGGGACGUGGACAAAGGAGUAUGGAAGAAGCUGCUGCACUCUUCUGAACGAUGCAUGCCACAUGGGAGCAAGAUCAUAAUCACUAGCCGAUCAGAGAAGGUGGCCAGUCUUGGAACAACGGAAGCCGUCAGGCUAAAUUAUUUGUCUAAAGAAGCUUACUGGUAUUUCUUCAGGAUGCUCGUGUUUGGUAGCACGGAUCCGGAGGAGCAACCAAAGCUAACAUCCAUAGCCAUGGAGAUAGCCCUAGAGAUGCGUGAAUCUUUCAUAUACGCAUAUGUUGUUGCUGCCUUACUGAGAGAAAAUUUUAGCGCUCGGUUCUGGUGCAGGGUUCUCAGACAUCUUAGGGAGCACAGGCAGAAGAAUAUCUUGUUAUUAGGUGAAUAUCCUGCUGAGGAAGAUCAGCCUCGUUAUAUUUGCAGCUUGGCCAAACGGUGGCGAGGUUCUGAGUAUGUUAACUUCCUUCUGCGAUGUAGUGACUACCAAAAUGGGCCUGCUUCUCACAGUGGGAUUCCGAGGAUAAAAGUGAUGGAUCUUCUAUCCGGCACCUGGAGCGCUAUACCACGGGGAAAAUUUGAGGUAUUGUCCUGGAGGUCUCUCAUACCACCGUACUACAGCUACACAACUGUCUGCGAGUUUGUCCGGCACGAGAAGUACCACAGCAUAGACGAAUAAGGGAAGCACUCUUUGGCACCGUGGUGACAUUGCUUCGAGUUACUGGUGGGUUAUCUUCUUGUCUACAAACCAAGGCUCACCAGAUUGGUAGAUGAGACUGCUUGCUGGUCUAAAAGUUGAUCUGGUUCUUGAGUCUUCACUCGAUCCUUUAUGGAGUAUUGUAACUGAUACCCAGUACAUAGGGCUCCUUAAAUACUGAUUGUGCACGUAGGAGCAAAAGGGAAUAUCCCGUAAUAACUUGUGUACUCUUCAUCUGAAUAAACAAGCCCAUGACUAAGUAGCUGAUAUUUCUUCUGACUCUCUUUUCACUUACUGUAUAAGGUUGACAUAUCUUGCUAGUACUAACAUCUAGCGUUGUUUCCAACCACUCGAGAAGCCUGAUUCGGUUACACGAACGACGGCACCACUCAGAGAGGGCGACGAAGGACAAGUAACCUGGGCGUCCUCAACAUCGGCACAGAUCCUCAGAAGCAGCUGGUGCAACCUCUGCAGAUCCUGCCGUGAAGUUUGGCACUUUUCAGCCAUGAUGCUGGUUAACGGUGUCUUGUCAAAGAAGACAUCACGCACACGAGUCUGCGGAGUUCAGGUUAGGCAACCUGCAUGCCUUGCUACAAAGAUCAGUACCACAAGUGAAAAGCAACACAGAUAGCUGGAGCUAACAAGAUGAAACAACAGCUGAAAGAACAGACUGAACGAACACAACCACUGCCAUUGUGCAGGUUUUGAAAAGAACAGAAGAAAAAAGUGAUUUCACUGUUGAUCCCAACAGGGGAAACUUGCAGCUUCAAGUUUCCACCACACUGACCUUUAUUUAAUCAGAAACAUUACUUUUCUUCUGUCAUAACAGUGUCACCUUCGUUGGCUGGGUCAGAUGCCUAUUCUCUGAAUAUUUUGCACAAUUGCUUUCUGAAGCUUGCUACUGACUGUUAAAAGUCACCAAGUCAGCAACUUCCUAACUCCAUCGAGCUCAGAGUACCAUCUAGCUAGGCAGUUUUGGAACAACCGAAGCCAUCAAGCGAAAUUGUUUGUCUAAAGAAGCUUACCGGUAUUUCUUCAAGAUGCUCGUGUUUGGAAGCACUGACCCGGAGGAGCACCCAAGGUUAACCUCCAUAGCCAUGGAGCUGGCCCUCGAGAUGGAUGGAUCUUUCAGCUCCGUAUAUCUUGUUGCUACCUUACUGAGGGAAAAUCUCAGUGCCUGGUUCUGGUGCAGGGUUCUCAGAACCAAUAGGAAGUACAUGCAGAAGAAUGCAUUAUCGCUCGGUGAAUAUUAUGAUGUGUUACCAAAAUGGGCCUGCUGCUCAGGGCGAAGUUCCGAGGAUAAUAGUGGCAGAUGUUCUAUUCAGGAGAUGGAGCACUGUGCCGCGGGGUAAAUUUGAGGUCUUGUGCUGGAGGUCUCUCAUACCACCAUACUAUAACUACAUAUAUGCUUGCGAGUUUGUGCAGCACAAGAACACCACACCGUAGUUCUGUUCUUGACUUCUUGUAUACUCGAUCUAUUAUGUUUGACCUACCAGAUUGGUAUGUAUUAGACUUCCUUGCUUGCUGUUAUAAAUGUUGGUGUUUCAUUUAUGUGAUCUGGUUCUAGACUGAUCGGUCAUCAUGUAGAGAUGUGUCUGUAAUCACCUGUAUACUCUUCAUCUCAGUAACCAAAGCCUUGGAAUAAAAUCUAGUUGAUAUUUCUGCGGACUUUAUUUUCACUUUUGGGCCAAGCUGAUAUAUUUUGCUGGUACCUUGUUUCCAGUGAACGGCCGCACUGCUCAGUGCUUGUGCUGGAUAACAAUUGAAAGAACACGCUGAGAAGGAACAACCGCUUCUUGAUUGUGCAGGUAUUAGAAAUGACGGAGGAAGAAAAAAACAUGAUCUGGCUAUUGAUUCAAAUGGUGCAAACAUGCAGCGUCAAGUUUCCACCAUGUUAACCUCUAAAUCAAUAACAGGUACUUUUCUUCUUCUGUCAGAGCAACAUCGCCUUUGUUGAAUGGGUCAAUAAGAAGGCCUAUUUUCUGGAAGCUACAGCAUAAUUGCUUUCUGAAGCUUUAGCUGACCAUUCAAAGUCAUGGAGUCAGCAACUUGCUAACUCCUUCAAGUUAUGGUGAGAGGCUGGGAUGGGUUCCUGUUUGCUUGCAGUUUACGAUGGAGACACUAAUUUCUGCAGUUCUUGGUGAUACUGUCAGCAGAACCAUAUUCUACUGGUUGAGAAGUGUUAGACCUUUCAGCCUGAGCAUUUCAUAGUUGUGGAUGACAC